GAACUGGAGUUCGUGCAGAUCCUGGUCAUCGUGGUGGUGAUGAUGGUGAUGGUGGUGGUGAUCACCUGCCUGCUGAGCCACUACCGGCUGUCGGCACGCUCCUUCAUCAGCCGCCACGGCCAGGGCCGCCGGAGGGAGGAUGCCCUGUCCUCGGAAGGAUGCCUGUGGCCCUCGGAGAGCACAGUGUCAGGCAGCGGAAUCCCUGAGCCGCAGGUCUACACCGCACCCCGGCCUGCCGACCGCCUGGCCGUGCCCCCGUUCGCCCAGAGGGACCGCUUCCACCGUUUCCAGCCCACGUACCCAUACCUGCAGCACGAGAUCGACCUGCCCCCAACCAUCUCGCUGUCGGACGGGGAGGAGCCCCCACCCUACCAGGGCCCCUGCACCCUCCAGCUGCGGGACCCCGAGCAGCAGCUGGAGUUGAACCGCGAGUCAGUGCGUGCACCCCCCAACAGGACCGUCUUUGACAGUGACCUGAUGGACGGCGCCAGGCUGGGCGGCCCCUGCCCCCCCAGCAGUAACUCGGGCAUCAGCGCCACGUGCUACCGCGGGGGCGGACGCGUGGAGGGGCCGCCACCCACCUACAGCGAGGUCAUCGGCCACUACCCCGGCCCUUCCUUCCAGCACCAGCAGAGCAGCGGGCCGCCCUCCUUGCUGGAGGGGACCCGUCUUCACCACGCACACCUCGCCCCCCUGGAGAGCGUGGCCAUCUGGAGCAAAGACAAGGAUAAACAGAAGGGACACCCUCUCUAGGCGUCCCCGUGUUCCGGCCAGCCGCCACAGCGGAAGGGCCGGACACACCGCGCUUCUGGACGAGGGGCAGGAGGAGGCGGGGGACGCCGGCGUGCGGGUGGGCCAUCCUCUCCCACCGCCCGUGUAUAAAUAUUUACAUGUGAUGUCUGGUCUGAAUGCACAAGCCAAGAGAGCUUGCAAAAAACCACGUUUCUUUGUUGAGCUGUGUCUUGAAGGCAAAAGAGAAAAAAAAGCCCUACAGUAGUCUUUCUGUUUCUAGUUGUGCUGCGUGUGUGGACGCUUCCUUUUGUUUAUGAUGAUUUCACUUAACUUUAAAGACAUAUUUGCACAAAACCUUUGUUUAAGGAUCUGCAAUAUUAUAUAUAUAAAUAUAUAUAAAAUAAGAGAGGCUGUAUUGCGAGGGCAGGAGUAUUUUUGUAUUAGAAGAGGCCUAUUAAAAAAAAAGUUGUUUUCUGAACUAGAAGAGGAAAAAAAAAUGGCAAUUUUUGAGUGCCAAGUCGGAAAGUGUGUAUUACCUUGUAAAGAAAAAAAAAUUACAAAGCAGGGGUUUAGAGUUAUUUAUAUAAAUGUUGAGAUUUUGCACUAUUUUUUAAUAUAAAUAUGUCAGUGCUUGUUUGAUGGAAACUUCUCUCGUGUCUGUUGAGGGAGAAAUGUUGAGAUUGCAGAGUCAACGUCAGGCAGGGGGUGAGCCUCCCCCAGAGUCUGAAGAGGGGUCCUGUCCCCAGGGGGCUGCUUUCCUUGAAAAGUGGACGCUCUGUCCAGGGAUAGGUGGUCACCGCGUUAUACAUUCCUUCCCCAAGAAGACACAUUUCCACCCCCCUUCUGGGCCAGAACAGCCUUGAAAUCACAAACAGAAUAGGACAGUUACCACAGAGGCACCAAGUUCCAGGUGGUGGUUUUGCCUUUCCCAAAAUGAAAAUAAAAUGUUACUGAAGGAA